AACUUUAUAUAGCGUUCGCGUCUAGGCAAUGCUCCCAUAGUGUGAUUUUGCCGAAGUUACAGGGCAGGUAAGGUAUACGUCAUCUUGGGAGGUAUAAAACCCGAGACGUUCAAGUAUACGGCACAUUAUAGUCUUGACACCCGGUGUGUAUGGGGGAGAACAGGUGAAGAAAAGGGUCGCACUCUCAGAACAAUGGAGGAUAUUUACAUUGAGCAGCAACAACAGUUUGCAGAUUCUUCUGUUCGCAAGAGAGGUGUUUCAGACCCAUCCAAAUUACAAGUGGACCGACCAGUCUUCACCCAGAAAGAGUUCGAUGAUGGCUACGACUUUCAUGAAGACGAAAAGAAGACACUGAAAGAGCGCUUGCGAGCCUGCAAAAGACGCUGCUGCUUCUCGUCUGGCAAAAAAACGCGCGAUUUCUUCCUCAGGUUAUUCCCGUUUAUUUCCUUGGUCAGAAACUACAAAUUCCCGGACUGGAUUCCAGGUGAUAUCAUCUCGGGGCUGACGGUGGGCGUGCUGCAACUUCCGCAGGGUGUUGCGUACUCCUUGCUGGCCAGUUUGCCACCAAUCAACGGCCUCUACGUAUCGUUUUUUCCUCCACUCCUUUACUUUUUUAUGGGGACCUCAAGACAUGCGUCUGUAGGCACGAUGGGCGUGACCUCCAUUAUGGUAGGGUCCGUAGUGGACCGGGAGGUGCUCAACUACUUCAGCCACAUCAACAACACACUGGACCACUACAACGACGACCAAGACAUGACGCAGUUUAAACUGGGCGUGGCCACAGCUAUCACAUUCCUGGCAGGAGUUUGGCAGAUGCUGAUGUGGAUCAGUGGUCUGUCCCUAGUGGUGGACUACCUCUCUGACACCGUGAUCAGUGCGUUUACCUGCGCUGCCUCCAUCCACGUCAUCUCGUCCCAGCUGAAGUAUAUAUUUGGCGUCGAUAUACAGAGACACGCGGAGCCGCUCAAGUUGGUAAAAACGUACAAAGACAUCGUCCUAAACCUGUUCAAUACCAAUGUAUCAGAGCUGGUGAUCUCGCUAAUCUGUAUUGCCAGCCUGGUCAUAGUGAAGGAGUGCAUUAACGCCAGGUGUAGGAGGUCCAAACUCAAGGUGAAGAUACCCGUCCCUGUGGAUCUCAUCGUGGUAGUUGCAGGCACUGUGAUUUGUUACAGUCUGGACAUGUCGGAACAGUUUGGGGUGGCAAUAGUGGAGGACAUUCCAACAGGCAUUCCAGUCCCCAAACUCCCACCCCCUGAAUACCUCAUUAGCAUUAGGUUCAUAAUCGAUUCAUUUAGCCUGGCUGUGGUUGGGUUUGCCAUCUCUAUCUCCAUGGGCAAAUAUCUGGCUAAGCUGCAUGAUUAUGAGAUUGAUGCUGAACAGGAACUGCUAGCCUAUGGUUUGUGCAAUACAUUCAGUUCAUUCUUUAACUGCUUUGCCAGCUGUACGUCACUGUCCAGAAGUUUGGUGCAAGAGUCAGCAGGAGGAAACUCUCAGUUUGCCAGUCUCCUAGCCUGUGGUGUGGUUCUGGUGGUGAUGCUGUAUGUAGGACCUCUCUUUUACUAUCUCCCUAAGUGUGUUCUUGCCUGUAUUAUUGUGGUUGCCAUGAAAGGCAUGUACAUGCAGAUGGGAGAACUGAGAGGACUGUGGAAAAAAUCAAAAUAUGAAUUUGUAAUUUGGCUGGUGACUUUCCAAGCUGUGGUGUUGCUAGGCAACGACAUGGGGCUGAUGGUGGGAGUGGGAUUUGCAUUGAUUACAGUUGUCUUUAGAACACAAAGACCAUACACUUGUCUUCUGGGGAAUAUACCAAACACAGAGAUUUACCAGGAUAAACAAAAGUACCAAGCAGUCCAAGAAAUUCCUGGGUUGAAAAUCUUUCAUUUUGAGGGCUCCUUGUACCAUGCCAAUGCUGAGCAUUUCCGCAAAAAGCUGUUUGAACUCACAGAAACAUACCCCCUUAAACUGAAGAAAAAGAGACAGAAACAGGAAAAGCAAAUGAAGAAACACAAGAGAAGGCAAGAUGUGUUGAGGACUGAGGAGGACAAGAGAGCCAAGAAAGCAGAGAAACAGAAAAGAAGGGAAAUGAAACUGGCUGGACACAGACUCCAAAAUGACUUGGAUCCUAACUUCAUCUGCAGCAUUGUUGAUGAGUCAGAAGAUGACCUUGAUGACAUCUAUGCUGUCAGUGGAGCUAGGGUUACUAUGAACAAUUUUGAACUUCGUCACAUCAUCAUAGACUGCUCUUCUAUGGUUUAUAUUGACUCUGUUGGCAUCAAAAUAUUGAAACAGAUCAUGACUGACUGCAAGGAGGUCGGCAUUACAGUGUUAUUAUGUGAAUGUAGAGUCAACCUGCGAGAAUUGUUUCAUAAACAUCAGCUAUUUGAGAAGCUUAACAGUAAUGUGAUCUACCUGACCAUACAUGAUGCAGUUAUCAAGGCAACUUCAGCCACGGAAACAGUACCCUCAGAAUUAACAUCUUCCCUGCCACAGCCUCCCUCCAUGUGUAACAUGCUGGACUCUGUUCCUGUGCAACUGAGCAUGCCAUACAAGCCACUGACUAGAUCGGAGACAGCAUGCACAACUGUAGCCCUAGAGAUGAGUCCCCAGAAGAACGAGGAUCAAGUUUCAGCGGACGACUCGGCGUACAAUUCCGCAGAGAAAAUCCGCUACGCUCCCGAGCGCAGAGAGGCUGCAGUCCAGUACAAUUCACAUUCCCUCGCUUCCUCAGAGAAGUUAAAGUUUCUGUCUGGCACUGACAUGGAACUGCCGGCUGAGUUGAACGCAAAUUUUAGGGCCUCAACGGGACAGAUAUAUUUCCCUGAAAAAGACGAAGAAUUUGAAAUUGACUUCACAUUGAGGACCUCUGUUGAGGGCAUUCCUCAGACCAGUGAUACCGUCUCUGGUCACUUCCAGGCAGAUUUCAGCAGUGCCCCAUCUGACCCCCCACACCAACAACAACAACAACAACAGCAGCAAAUAGCAGAGGCUCCAUUAAUAGCAGACUUCAGUGCUGUGGAGAAGCAGCGUUCAAACUCUUGUCUUGCAGAGCCCCUGGGUCAGUUUGAGGCAGAUUUCAGCACACCCAAGGAACAGCUCGAGUUUCCACAAGUCCCUCUUACUGUAGCACAGUUCAACACUGAGUCUAUGGAACAGUUAAACAUGCCCCAGCUGUUUGAUGAUGAUGAAGAACCACUGUCUCGGACAUCAAGCAAAAGAAGCUCCAGGAAGAGCCGAGGCUACUGUAAUCUAGCUUGUUCUGCAGAAAGUUCAGAAUGCUAACCGAACUGCCUUUAACAUAUAACAUAAACUAUAUUUAAAUGCUGAAAUAAUGUUACCUGUAGAAUUAAAGCACAAGAGAUAUUUAUUGUGAACCGUGUGUGACUAAAGAAUUAACAUGGAAUGAAUGUAUAGGAUUGAAUCAAGACAGUUUUAUAACUGGUCUGCUCUUGUAUUACAUAUUGCUUUGAAUUAAAAGAUAUAUAUUAAGGAAGUAUAAUAUCAAUGAUUAAAUUAUACAAGCAAACAUCAUGGUAUUUUUGUCUGCGAAUUGUUUUCUGUAUGGGUUAAGCCUUUAAAUUGGUGGUCAGGUUUUAUAUGUUGUAGCUAUUUGUUGGAAUCAUCAAUUGUAACAUAUUACCCAUUUAUAAGCAUUUUUUAGUUGUCCAGGCUGAAUGCUUACUGUUGAUGUUGGUGUGCUUUUUUUUUUAAAUACUUUGUGCCAGUCAUACUGAGCGGCAGUCUUAGAUCCUAAAUAACGUACUCAGAGGGGUCGCCAUCCAUGGAAUUUAUGUCCUGUAAAGUGUAACCAUUUUUAUUUUAAUUUUGGCUCUAAUUAUGCAUAUUUAAGAGGGGACGCUGAAAUUACUGUCUAGUUUCCAGUUUAGUUUUUCAAAAAAACUAACCUGGCAACCAGAAACUGGUGUCCUUAUUCAAAAACGAUUCUGAUGCUGGGAAACCAGAGUGUUUUUUGCGGUGGGAGACAAGACUGGGCUGAGGAAGAGGCGUCAGGCGAUUAGCGUCUACUGCAACAGGUAAUCUUACCCGUGAAUGUCGGCCAUGGUGUUAUGGACAAUCUCCGCCGUGCAGGAAGGACGUGAUGACCGCCGAUCGAUCUUUACAGCGCACAGGUCGGCCCCUGGGUGUCUCGUCUUGUUGUAUGGUUGACUAACUUGGUUAUAUUUGAUAAGAAUAAACAAUUCUGAUAAUUAAAAAACUAGUGCCGUUUUUAAAAAACCGGUUCUUCCGCCUUGCUGCUCUUGCUUGCUGCUAAUAUAUAUACAUAUUUUGAACCCUCAUGGAAAGCUAAAGGUAUCACAAACAAAACGGUGCCCAAAAGGCACUGAGGAAAAGUUAAGAGAAAGUAUCCUUCACGUCAGUUAGAUGUCCCCAUGUUCAUUUUGCCUGAGUGCAUCAUUCUGGAAAAAUAUCGUCAAUGCGAAUCUAAGAAAUACUGAAAUACAUUUUCUAACAUCUUACGAGAUAUGCAGCUGUCGAUUUCAGUGCCAUCUUUUCGGCGUACAUGUGGCAGUAGCAGUAAUAUGGCAUUGGACAUCCUUCUCCAUCUUCUACUGACCUCGGUUCUAUCUGAGCAUCUCUCACCAAAACGCUCACCUGAUUUUGAUGAAGAGGUCACCUACGAGUUCUUUCUUUGCGGACGCUUCGGUACGAAUAACUGUCUGAUUUAUGAGAAGGCACAAUAAGUCUCCAUCUCAAAAAGAGGAUUAGGGGUUGAUAAAGUCACAAUGACACACACACACACACACAACAAAAAUAAAUAAAUAAAAAUAAAAAUGCGUUUUCAAAGUCAACAUACUUGAUAUUGCCUGACUGGGCAUAUCAAUCAGCUUUCAUAGGUCGAAAGAACCAAGAAGUUAUUUUAAGCUCAUGGUCAAAGUCAACUGGAAAGGGUGCAAACUUCUUGGAAUAUACCCGUGAAUGGACUGAAAAAGUUAAUAGGGGUGGUGUGUUUGAAAUAAAUGAUGACAUAUUUUUUUCGCAGAGUGGAAAUGGUAGUUAGGUCGAUGUUCAAUGUAGUUUCUCAAAGCAAAUUGUCACUUGCCAGUAGGGAAAAUUAUCCUAUUCAACUUGCUGUCCUCAAAGCUAGUACAACUUGGCUGGUCUGCAAUAACUAGAGAUGUUGCGGAGGAAUGCCACAGCACCUUGCUUUUUCAUUGUGUUUUAAAGAAAUUUGUGGCCAUCAGAGGAUCAGCAUUCACUCGUGUAUGGAAAACAAGGCAGCAAAGCUGUCAAAUGUACAGACAAAAAGCAGAAAAUAAAAUUGCAC